CUUUAAUUACCGGCACUCAGCCAUUUGCAGUAACCACCGAGUCUCAAGAAGGAUUAUGGGGCUGUAUAUGAUGCAGUGCGGCGGCGGCAACGUGAAUAGUAGCGCUGUGGCUUCUAGGCCCCCAUUUCAGAUUUCUAAAUAUGACUUCAAACUAUCAGCCAGUUUAGGAAAUAUAAAGUAUGCUGUGACUUGACCUCUUUAAUCAUUCCAUUCGAACAUCAGUUUCGUUGCAUCCACGUUGCACUACACCUAAAUUCGCAAUGGACCUGUUUUGGCUUCUUCUUCUGGUUUACGCCGCCUAUGUAGGUGGGAGUUCAGGCGCGGAUCCCGUGGAUCAAUUUCUAAGCUCGCUUGGGCUUGAUCCCGAUAAUGUGUCCCCUGAAGCAAAAAGUCAAGGUGGUACUGAGCUUGUAUGCGCUGCUCUAGCCAGUGUGGGUAAUUACUCAGCCACCACCACGACUCAGGCAAACGGAACAGUGUAUAUUCAACAAGCGGAUGCUCAUUGGUCAGCAACAGCGUAUAAGCAACCCCUCUGCAUUUUCUCCCCCGUUGACAUCGAUGAGCUUCGGACUGCGAUUCUACUCAGUAACUUCUCGGGCAGUCAGUUUGCCAUCCGCUCGGGUGGUCACUCGCCACUUCCCAACUGGGCGAACAUCAAUGGCGGUCUCCUCUUGUCCAUGACGCACAUUAGCGAUUUGAGUUAUAAUGAGACCUCUGAGACUCAGCGUUCGGGGAUGGGGAAUACUUGGGGUGAUAUAUAUAACUACUUAGUGCCGUACGGACGUGUUGUAGAUGGCGGGCGCCUAGGUGAAGUUGGCCUAGGCCUAGCUACUGGCGGGGGGCUAUCGCACAUGUCGAAUGCGAAUGGUUGGGUGUCUCAGAAUGUUGUGUCUUACGAAAUCAUGCUAUCGAAUGGAACGCAUCUUACGGCGAGCCAUGAUGAGAACUCGGACUUGUACUAUGCUGCCAAAGCUGGGUCCAACAACUUCGGCGUUGUCACCCAUAUUACGCAACGGACUUUCCAAAUGGGCAAGGUAUGGGGCGGUAUCAUGCAGUUCCCAGGGAAUUACUCGACUCAGUUCAUGGAAGCGAUGUUCGAAUACCAAACGGAUGGACAACUCGACACAAAAUCUGCAGUUCUUCCGUACAUCGGGAUCAAUAAUGACACGAUUAUUACGACCUUUGUUUAUUUUGACGAAGUACAGCGUCCAGAAGCCUUCAAGCCUUUUUACGACAUCCCUACAACAGUAGACCAAACUAUGGUAUGGGACAACUUCUAUGAGUUGUCCAAGGUCGCAGUUGAUUUCGCAGUCCCUAGAUGGACAUGGGGGGCGACAACUCUCGGUCUAGACAAAGACACAUACGCUGGGCUGAUAGCAGUCUUCUCAGAGUUUGUCCCGCGCAUACAAAAUAUCACCGGGGGCACCUUGGCCCCCAUGAUACAGCCCAUCUCCAAGACGAUGGUCGAGAAUUCGAGGGUCCUGGGAGAUGAUCCGAUGAAUGUAGAUCCUGACCCUCAAAUAUGGGUCAGUAUAGACAUAGGAUGGUCGUUGGCGGCGGACGAUGCGACUGUCGAUGGAAUUCUGCGGGACUGUCUUGCGGCGGUUGAGGAUUACACCAGGUCUCGCGGCGUUUACAAGCCUUUCCUCUUCCUUAAUGACGCCCAUGCCUCUCAGAACCCUUUGCAGAGUUACGGGCAGGACUCUUUUGAUCGACUCAAAGUCGCGAGCCUCGCAUACGACCCGACCCAAAUGUUCCAGACCCUUGUUCCUGGUGGCUUUAAGUUAAGUUAGAGAGUUGCCUUUUUUUUUUUUCAAUUUUUUUUUUUCAUAACUAUUGUAUAAGUAAGUUGACCUGGUUUAUGAAACUUGUUGGACGAUGAAUCUCUGGGUGUGAGUUUGGAAAGGCAGAAAUGCGGAAUAGCACUCAAAAAUUAGGUUGGGGAAUUUGGGAGAAUGAUAGUUUCAAUUGAUUUCGUCGUCGUCUUAAC